AUGAAGUUUCAUCUGUCCACCGCCGCCCUCCUGGUCGGAAUGAUGUCGUCUGCGGUUCCGGCGACUGCCACGCACCACGAGAGCUACAAAGAGCUGUACCGCCCACAGUAUCACUUCAGCCCCGCGAGGAACUGGAUGAACGACCCCAACGGGCUCGUGUACCACGAUGGCGUGUACCAUCUAUACUACCAGUAUAAUCCCGGCGGCACAACCUGGGGUGCGAUGUCCUGGGGCCACGCAACGAGCAGGGACCUGAUGCACUGGACGGAGCACCCGGUUGCGCUCCAAGCAAGGGGGUUUCCCGGGAAUAUUACGGAGAUGUUCUUUUCUGGGACUGUGGUUGUCGACGAGGACAAUACAAGUGGGUUUGGGCGGCGUGGGGAAGCGCCUUGGGUUGCUAUGUAUACGUCUUAUUAUCCCAUGGAGCAGGUGCUACAAAGUGGUAAACGCGUGCGCAAGGAUCAGCAGGCGCAGUCUAUUGCUUACAGCCUCGACAAGGGCAUGACAUGGACAACAUACGACGCCGCGAACCCUGUUAUCGCCGAUCCUCCUGCUCCCUACCAAGACCAGUACCUGGAUUUCCGUGACCCAAGCGUCUUUUGGCACAGGGAGACGCGCCGGUGGAUUGCUGUAACCAGCCUGGCGAAGCUACACAAAAUCGUGAUCUACACAUCCCGAGACCUCAAGCACUGGGAUCUAGCCAGCGAAUUCGGACCGGCUAAUGCCGUUGGCGGAGUGUGGGAAUGCCCGAGUAUUUUCCCGCUAUCACUUGAUAACGGCAAAAAGACCAAAUGGGUCCUGAUGCUCGGCCUGAAUCCCGGUGGGCCCCCAGGCACGGUCGGCUCUGGGUCACAGUAUAUUGUGGGCAACUUUGACGGGACAACCUUCACUGCGGAUCCGGAGAGCAUCCACGAUGGAAGGGGUCCGGAAGAUAGCGUGGUCUUCGAGGACUUUGAGGGUGACCAGUCUUUUGCCGCGCGGGGCUGGAGAACCACCGGGAAUUUUACCGGGGCCUCUCCGGUGAAGGGCACGCUCGCCGGCCAAAACCCGGUGACUGGGUUCCUGGGUGAGCAGCUGGUAAACACAUUCCUCGACGGCGAUUCUACAACCGGGACCCUGACCUCCGCCCCGUUCAACAUCUCGCACAGGUACAUCAACUUCCUCGUGGGCGGUGGCAACAACAUUAACGACACCGCGAUCCGGCUCCAUGUCGACGGAAAUAUAGUGCACAGCUCUACUGGAUCCAACAGCGAGGGCCUCUCCUGGUCGAGCUGGGAUGUGAGUGCGCUGCAGGGGAAACGCGCAGAGAUUGAGAUUGUCGACAACGCCACGGGCGGCUGGGGCCACGUCAACGUGGAUCAAAUCUUGUUCUCUAACACCCCGGCAACGAACAAUGUUGCAAACUGGGUCGAUUGGGGCCCGGAUUUCUACGCGGCGCUUGGGUUCAACGGUCUCGCCCAGGAUGAGCGGACUGUUAUUGCUUGGAUGAAUAACUGGCAGUAUGGCGCAGCGAUCCCAACAGAUCCCUGGCGCAGUGCUAUGACGAUUCCACGGCAUCUUGCGCUCAAGACAGUCGGCGGAAAGGCGACCCUUGUGUCAGAGCCCGCAGGAAAGUGGAAUGCUCUGACGGACGGCGGCCGUGUGUUCAGCUUCCGUCGCGUGGAGGGUACGCGGGAUCUCGGACGCCUCGGCAAGACACUGGAGAUUCAGUUAACCUUCUCCAGUCGACAAGUGUCCUCAACCGAAAGGGCCGAGUUCGGGAUCGCUCUGGCUGCAACCAGGGACCACAGCCAGGAGACCCGUGUCGGAUACGAGUUUGCCACCCAGCAAAUCUUCGUUGACCGAACGCGUUCUGGGGAUGUGUCGUUCGAUGCUGCGUUCGCGGGUACGUAUUAUGCGCCACUGUCUCCAGGAGCAGAUGGAACUGUUUCGUUGCGGAUUCUCCUUGACUGGUCGAGCGUUGAGGUGUUUGGGGGACAGGGUGAGGCAACGAUCACGAGCCAGAUUUUCCCUUCCAAGGAUGCUGUCUACAGUCGCCUGUUUUCGAAUGGUGGGGAGACUAGCGAUAUCAAGGUGCGGGUGAGAGAAGUACGCGAUACCUGGCAGUAG